AUGAUAGACCACGUCCUGGGGCGUCCGUCGUCCAAGUCGCGGCGCCUGCAAGUCCUUGCCGUCCUGUCCUUUUGGACCUUUUACCUGUACAGAGGCAACCGCCAUGGCCCGCCCGUCGCGAGGUCCAUCUCGGGUCUCCUCUCGCGCCGCCUCACAGCCUGGCAGACGUUCCUCAUGACCAUGAUGUACCUGUACGCCUCGCGCAACUUCAGCGCCCUCGUCGGGCUCGCCAGCCCCGAGCCCAUGGCCAACAUGUACGACAAGACCUACUUCCGCGCCACCUGGGUCCUGACGGCCCUCGACGCCGGCUUCUGGACCGCCAUGCGCAUCCGCGUCCCCUGGCUCCGCGACAUCGCCAGCAUCGUCUUCUCCCUCUUCUACCUCGUCGCCGCCGAGCGAGCCGACGAAAAGGUCCGCAAGGUCCGCGGCGUCAUCACCGUCGACCACCUGCGCGUCUCGUGGAACAAGGGCAAGACGCCCUACCUGGCUUUCCUGCAGCGCCUCCUGCGGCCCCGGUUCACCCGGUGGCCGCCCCGGCAGAUCCGCAUCCCCCGGCCCUCGGGCAGCGACUACAGCGAACCCGUCGCCGCCUGGCUCUACUAUGACGGGCCCGUCGCCGACCUCGCCCACCACAGCCGCGUCAUUCUCGACAUUCCCGGCGGCGGCUUCGUUGCCAUGGACCCCCGCUGCAACGACGACAAGCUCUUUGCCUGGGCGUCCAAGUCGGGCCUGCCCAUCCUCAGCCUCGACUAUAAGAAGGCCCCCGAAUAUCCCUACCCCUACGGCCUCAACGAGUGCUUCGAUGUCUACGCCACCAUAGUCAAGACAAAGGGCCGCUGUAUCGGCAUGUCGGGUCGCGAAACGCCCCGGGUCAUCAUCACCGGCGACAGUGCGGGCGGCAACCUCGCCGUCGCGUCAACGCUCAUGAUUCUCGAGACGGCCAGCACCGAGUUCCGACGCUUCGCCGGUCGCGAGAGCCUGCCGCCGCCCGAUGGCCUCGUGUGCUUCUACCCGGCGCUGGACAUGAACAUUGGCAACUGGAUGACGGACGAGCAGAUGUCGCUGAUACGCGACCGCAAGAUGCGUAAAACGAACCGCUCCAUAGUGAGGCGCAAGAGCAUGCAGUACAACGAGCUCGUCGGCACGCCGCAUCACUCUGACGAUGAGGACGACAGCACGCCAGCGCCGGAAGACAAGCAGACGGAGGAGCCGACGAGCCCGUACGAGUCGCAACCUCAGUACUCGCACUCGGGCCCCUCGUCCCUGAGCCACCCAGCAGCAGCCAAUGCGUCCAAGGAGGACAAGCGGGUGGACAGCGGCAUGUCGCACCACGCACAGCCAAUGAAGACGCGGCUAGCCACCUCGUCCAUGAUUUCCUACUUCAACGACCGCGUGCUCACUCCCGAGAUGAUGCGAGCCAUGAUCAUACUGUACAUUGGUGCGCACAACCGGCCCGACUUCACGCAGGACUACCUCCUCAGCCCGGUGCUGGCGCCCGAGUCCCUGCUCGCGCGGUUCCCCAAGACGUACUUUAUGACGGGCGAGCGAGAUCCCCUCGUGGACGAUACGGUCGUGUUUGCGGGCCGGCUGCGGCGAGCCAAGGAGGCGGCCGCGCGGGAGCGUCUGGGGCCGAAGCGGGCGGAGCGCACGUUUGACGACAAGGAGGCGGCCGAGGUGAUGCUCAUCCCGGGCAUCUCCCAUGGCUUCAUGCAGUUCCCGGGGAUCUACCCGCCGGCGUGGCGGCACUUUGAGCGGUGCGCCGUGUGGUUCGAGCAGCUCUUCACCGAGGCAGAGCAGGCGCGGACGCGGCACCUUCGCCCGCCGCAGACGCCGCCCGCCGAGCUGUCGAUGACGGUGCCGCAGCAUGCCCAGAACGGCCAGGCGAUGGACGGAGGGUGGCGACACCACCGGCGUAACCCCACGACGGAGUCGAGCGGUGAUGAGGACCGGCCGCUUGAGAUAAGCAUGACCAAGAUGAGCCGCGCGCGGACGUCAGUAUCCAAGGGUACGGACGAGGAGGGCAAGGAAGAGGAGAGGCCGCGCGCGAACGGUAAUGGGAAUGGCAACAGCAGCAGCAACAGCAGCAACAGCAACGGCAAUGGAAACGGCAACGGCGCCGCCAAGAAGGGCAAAAAGGCGCUCAACAAGAACAUGAGCCUGGUGAAGCUCAAGAGCACCGACGACCUGCUGGGGCGGCGGAUGCACGGGCUGGCGAGCGGGUUGACGGGGACGGGGGGCGAAGACUAG